AUGGGGUUUCAUGGUAAUAUCAUUCGUUACUCGUUCACACCGCUUAUCCUCCUCUUCGCUCGGCACUCUGCAACCGCCAGUUCUCUCUUAGACUCUUCUUCCGGCUUGACCCCAGUUGCGGCUCCCCAACCCGCUACACUGGGCGGUCAACAGGCUUGGACUAAUGAACUUGCUCCUGGUAGACUGGAGGGAGCACUUCGUGAUUCUCUCAAGAAACUUCAUCUAGAAUACGUUGACUUGUAUCUUGCUCAUAUGCCAACCGCAUUCAGUGAUGACAUGAGCCAAAAAAUCGAAUCUUCAGUAGAAGACAUCUGGCGUCAGUUUGAUGCAGUCUACAAAGCCGGACUUGCCAAGGCUGUCGGUGUCUCCAACUGGAACAACGAUCAGAUUCGGUAA